CCUGCGGGGUGGUGCUUGCGGGCUGAUCACGCCGGCGCUUCACGACCAGAAGCCGGUGUGAGGGAGUUAGAGCCGUGCGGAAAGAGGCUUGUUAUCCGGUAAUCGGUGAAACUGCCCGUGAGCCACAAGAGAGUAGCGGAUUGGCGCGAUCUAGAUCCGUCACUCAGGAGGCGGCAAGCCCGUCUGGAGGCUCACUGCCCGAGUACCGGUACCGUGCGGCCUGAGGCUCAGUCCCGGAUACCGGGUGAACCUUUUUAGCAAUGAACAGAAAGAUGGGGCUGCUGAUCUGGGCUUCACUUUGUUUCACACUUGCUCACCUGGCUUUGCAUGCAGAAUCGGUUGCAGUGAUGUCAGUUGAUUUGGGCAGUGAAUGGAUGAAAAUUGCCAUUGUGAAACCAGGGGUUCCCAUGGAGAUCGUAUUAAACAAGGAGUCCAGAAGGAAAACUCCAGUUGCUGUUUCUUUAAAAGAAAAUGAACGACUCUUUGGGGAUAGUGCAGUGGCAAUGUCAGCGAAGAACCCAAAGGUUGUAUUCCGCUACCUCCAGGAUCUUCUGGGAAAGCAGCUGGAAAACCCACAGGUCAAUCUAUACAAGAAGCGUUUUCCUGAACAUUGGCUGGUGGCAGCCGAGCAGCGAGAAACCGUUCUGUACAAAGUGUCUGAUGAAUUAUUUUAUUCCCCUGAGGAGUUAUUGGGGAUGGUUCUGAAUUACUCAAGAAGUUUGGCUCAAGAUUUUGCAGAGCAGCCCAUUAAGGACCUGGUGAUCACUGUGCCUGUAUAUUUUAACCAAGCAGAAAGGAGAGCAGUCUUGCAAGCUGCUCGGAUGGCAGGCCUCAAGGUCCUUCAACUCAUCAAUGAUAACACAGCUGUGGCCCUGAACUAUGGCGUUUUCCGGAGGAAGGAUAUUAAUGCCACAGCCCAGAAUGUGAUGUUUUACGAUAUGGGUUCAAGCAGCACCACUGCCACCAUUGUUACUUAUGUGACAAUGAAGACAAAGGAUUUGGGAACACAACCUCAGCUCCAAAUCAGAGGAAUUGGUUUUAACCGAAAUCUGGGUGGACUUGAAAUGGAAUUACGCCUGCGGGAUCACCUUGCUGAACUCUUCAACGCACAAAAAAAGACAUCCAAAGAUGUCCGUCAACACCCAAGAGCAAUGGCCAAACUGUGGAAAGAAGCAAAUCGUUUGAAAACAGUGCUGAGUGCAAAUAUUGAUCACGUGGCACAGAUUGAGGGACUUCUUGAUGACAUUGACUUCAAGGCUAAAGUAACAAGACAAAAGUUUGAGGAACUAUGUAGUGAUCUGUUUGAGAAAGUUGCAGACCCCGUACAUCAGGCUUUAAAAACAGCUGAGUUGCAAAUGGAAGAGAUUGAUCAUGUAAUUCUGGUGGGUGGAGCAACACGAGUUCCCAAGGUGCAGGAGGUUUUGCUAAAAGCUGUUGGAAAGAAGGAGUUGGGCAAGAAUAUAAAUGCUGAUGAGGCAGCAGCAAUGGGAGCAGUCUAUCAAGCUGCUGCUCUAAGCAAAGCCUUCAAGGUCAAACCCUUCCUCAUCCGUGAUGCAGCUCUUUAUCCUAUUCAGGUUGAAUUUACCCGGUCAAUUGAAGAAGAUGGUGUGAAAAGCAUUAAACACAACAAGCGUGUGCUAUUCCAGAGAAUGUCCCCGUAUCCGCAACGAAAAGUUAUCACCUUCAAUCGCUACACUGAUGACUUUGAGUUCUUUGUGAAUUAUGGGGAUGUAAAUUUCCUCAGUGAACAUGAUCUCAGCAUAUUUGGAUCUUUAAACUUGACUAAAGUUCAAUUGAGUGGAGUUGGUUCAAGCUUCCAGAAGCAUACGAAUGCUGAGUCUAAAGGUAUUAAAGCCCAUUUUAAUAUGGAUGAAAGUGGAAUACUGGCACUUGAUAGAGUAGAGGCUGUUUUUGAGACUCUGCAGGAUGGAGAACCAGAGGAAGAGUCAACCUUGACCAAACUUGGAAACACCAUUUCUAGUUUGUUUGGAGGUGGAAGCUCUGAAACAGAUGGGAAGGAGAAUCUGACAGAAUCUGUGCAGGAUGAAGAGGAGAUCACGAGUAAAAGUGAGAAAGAAGUUCCAGAGGAAAUAGAGAUUCCGGGUAAAGCAACACCCUCUGAACAGGAUAGCGGCGACCCAGAGAAGCAAGACAAGGAAAAAAACAAUGGGAGAAAACCAGAUGAGGUUGAAAAAGGAGAGAACAAAUCAGAAACUCCAAAUGUGCAAAUUAAUGCUGAGAAGGAGGAGGUGAAGGAUCUGGAAUUGAAUAAAACUGAGGAGGUUAAAAAGCCAAAAGGACCCAAAAGGGUGAAGAUUAGUGAGGAUGUGACUGUUAAUUUAGAAAUAAAGGACUUGCCUGAUUUGUCACAAGAGGAAAUGAGUCAGUCACAAAAGAAGCUUCAGGAUCUUACGGAUCGGGAUCUCCAGAAACAAGAGCAUGAAAAAGCAGCUAAUUCAUUAGAGGCUUUCAUCUUUGAAACACAGGACAAGCUGUAUCAGGAGGAAUAUCAGCUAGUCUCCACCCAAGAUGAACGUGACCAAAUCUCUGCCAAGCUUAGCGAGGCUUCCAACUGGUUGGAUGAGGAUGGAUAUACUGCCACCACUAAGGAACUGAAAACAAAGCUUUCUGAGCUACGCAAACUGUGCAAGGAGCUCUUCUUUAAAGUAGAAGAGAGGAGAAAGUGGCCAGAUCGCCUGGCUGCACUAGAUAGCAUGCUCAAUCACUCUACCAUCUUCCUGAAGGGAGCAAGACUCUUACCCGAAGAUGACCAGAUUUUCACAGAAGUGGAAUUAAACUCUCUGGAAAAGGUUAUCACAGAAACAACUACAUGGAAGAACACGACUGUAAAGGAGCAGAAUAAUCUGCCAUCUACAGAAAUGCCCAUCCUGCUUUCUAAAGACAUAGAAGCAAAGCUGGCUCUCCUGGACCGAGAAGUCAAAUACUUGCUUAACAAAGCCAAGUUUGCAAAACCUAAGCCCCGGAAAGAAAAGAACACCACAACACAAGAAGCGCAAAAUGCAACGCAGGAGGACAAGAAUGCAACAGCUACUGAUAGUGAUAAGAUUGUACCACCUGAGAAAAAAGCGGAGGAAGACACAGCAGCCGAUAAGGAAGAAGUAAAACCUGGCAAGGCUCCACCCACGGCAAGCCACGCUCAAGAAACCAAUUCUAAGGACAAGGAGACCACAUUACCUGACCCAAUAGAAAUAGAAUCUAGUGAAGAUACAGAGAAGAAACCAGAAAGCAAGUCAGACAAACAUCCUCCUGAUGAGUUGUAACCCCACCUGGGUCCUUCAGCAGCUCUAUUUAUAUUACAUUACUUUUUAUGUAAUGGACCACUUUGCCAUAAUUUAACAGACAAUGAAUUGUGAUUGGAGCAGAGGUGUACAUUUUUCUUUUAUAUAAAAAAAAGAACUGGAUUUCCCUGUGACAGACUUUGUUGGAGAGUUUUACUUGUAAUGCAGAAUGGAUGUUUGAUGUUCAAAGGGAUUUCAAAAUUACCUGAGUUAUUGGAAACUAGUGUGUAUCUUGUUCUUGUUAAUUUUGCCUCUUUUUCUCCUGCCUUUUUUUUUUAAUGGUUUUAACUGAACCUGUUGCACUGAAUAGAAUACGUUAAUUUUGCUUUAACUUGGAGUGGGAUGUGGGUUUGGUGUAAAACUGCAUAAUUAAAUCAAAAAGCCGCUUCCCUGGAAUCUAUUUUACUUGAUAACAUUUAAACAAAAAUGAAUGGCACCUCAAGCUGGCAAAAUCUGACAAUUUAAUGUAGGUGAGGAUAAUGGCAUUAUUUAAUACAGCUAUGCUUCUGUCAUUAUCUAACCCAUGGAUAGAGAGAAACAGUUUUUCUUGACACUUCAUAAACGGGCCUGAUCUUUACAGUAUUGUGUCCCAGGGUUCUUUCAGUGUGUCCCAUAUAAGCCAAUAGAAUAGAAUCAGAGCAGUAGUGCUGUCCUUUUCACCUUAUGCACCUGGCAAAUGAUAUGUUGAUAUCAAUGCAUUAACCCAGAAUUAUGCUAGGACAUUUGAUGUUUGCUGCAAUCUUGGUGGGUAAAGGGAGUAAGACUGGCUCAGCUUCACUAUUUGUUCUCAACCUUUGCGAAUUGUUACCCCCCCCCCCCACCCCCAGUGAUGUCCAGCAGGUCACCUGAAGUUACCAGUGUGUGAUUUAUUUUGUAAUACCAGUUUGACUCUGAGACAAAUCUCUCAACCUUAAUCGUUUAAAAUGAAGCCUGUUGCAACUACUUCCAGUAUGUGUCGCUAUGUAGGUUUAAAAAAAUACCCUGAAUUAUCUGCCUGGUUUGUUGUUCACUUCUAAUUUGUAUUGUAAAACAAGUUUGAAUAGUGUAAUCUAGUAAGGGUACUUGUAUGGAUCUGAUGUCAAGAAGCCCUGGGCUAAUGGUCAACAUCUGAAUUAUCUUUUUCUUAUAUUUUUAGAACUGCCAGUCUAAGUUGUGGAUUCACUGAAAGUCUGUUUUAUAGUACAUGUGGCAACCAAAAGAUUAUUGUUUUGCUGCUGGAGUGCUGCCUUUUGCCAGCUCUGAAUAGAUAUAAUAUGUUCCAUUAAGCUGCUGUUUUUGGUCAGUAACCUGUGUAUGUGUUUCUGUUUUGUGUUCAGAAAUUAAUAAUUUGGAGUUAUUUGGAGUCUACUUUGAGGUCUGGCAACUGUUGUUAAGACAGGGAAAAGUUCACUUCAGUAGUACCCUGUCCAUCACCUUUCCAUUACAGAAGUAUGUUGUUUUCUUCAACUGCAUCUAGUUUACUGAAGGAGAGUCACUGGAGGCUGGUCUCCUAUUGUCCAACCAACAGUGUUGAAACGUCUCCAAUUUUACUGUAACCCAGUUUCCUCCUCCAAAUUGAUGGCCUGAAACCUAAUCUCAUUAGAUGAGACUGGAUGACCACUAUAGUGGGUUUGGACUGUAAGGUUCAGUGCUUCAUCACUGUUGCAAGUUACAUUAUGGGUGGAUUUCUCUCAUGCACUUGGCAUUGAAUGCAUAAUUUCAAAAAUUAAAAAAAAUUGGCAGAUCUCUCUUGCACCAGUUGGUGCUGCCUUGAGGUGUAACCUGAAUGCUGGGGGUCAAAGUAAGUCGGGACCAGUUUGAGAAUCUGCUGGCUGCCGUUUCUGCAAUGAAUGUUCUAAAAACAGUUAGACUCACCAAGACACCUAAUGUGUUUAUCUGCACUGUUCCCUCUCUCAAUAAAAAGAAUUUUAUGAAUUUAUUAAUAGCUGGUUACACAUUGUACUUUCUGUUCAUAACCAAGCUGCGAGGAUACCUAUCAGUGAAAUUGUAUAAUACUCUGAACUUGGGUAGAGAUGUUUGUUAGUCUUUGCUGAACCCCUUGUUCUUCUGGUGUGAGUUCAUUAUCCUCCUGGACAUUUCUAACAGGAAAUCAUAUCUUCAGUUAUUUAAUCUAUAAGUCCAUACCCUGUACUUCACUGACACCAUACCAGCUGAUAGUUUGUUUCUCCGAUUUUAGGAUGUGUCACUUGUACACUGUCUGGCAGCUAAGGAGUCAUUUGGCAAAGUUGGAUCGAUCUUAGUUAAAAUUACUAAUUUUCAAACCCAUAUGAUUAUCUACCUUUAAAUAACCUUUUGCAUUAUGUUGAGUGUUUACUUGAACCACUUGUUCUGGGUUGGAUAUACACUUGCCAACUUGGAUUAAGUUAUAUUUCAAAUUAGGGUGAACUGAUCUAUUUUAUGAUAAUGAAUUCUUCUGUUUAAAAAAAACUCUAAUAUUACUAUAACUUUGCAGGGUUAUGACCUCUUCCUUUGAUAUUUUGCUUGCAAUUAUCUCUUAUACACGUGCAUUAAUCAACUGUAGUGGGUUAGGACCAUGACCCAACAGUGAACAAAGGGACUUGUUCAUGUCAACUUCAGUCUGGGUUAAACACAGCCCACCUUCCUAACCUACAGUACCCAAAACAAGACUCUCAUUGUUCUCCAUCAUUGGAAGUAAUGUAUUGCCUAUUUCUAUGCCCUUUCUUCUUGGCCUGGCUGAAGUUCAUCACAUCUUUGUGUGCUAUGGACUACUGCUUCCAUUAGAAGACUGAGAGAUGCAGAUGUUCUGUUUUAAGCUGUACGAGAAUGUAAAAUAGUUUGUAUUAAAGGGGAUUGUGGCUAUUUAGAACUAGCUCUACAACGCAAGAUGGGGAAAUGGGCAGAAUAGGAAUAUCAUCUGCCCAGUAUUGCAUAUUCCUUUGAAAGUAUAACAUUGCAACUCUGUGCCAAUUGAAAGAAUCAUCCUGUCCAUUAGGAAAACUUGAUGUUACUGAGAUGUUUUUUGACAGCUUGCUUUCCUGGUAUUCCUCAACUGUUGCUUAUAACGGCUUCAUUACUCUUCCCUUGAUUACCCAACUCCACAGAUCUGAUGCUAUGUGGAACAGUAUUACUGAUGUUUAGGUAGGAGGCAAUUGGGCCUUUCAGUUUUUAAGAACUUUUACUCAGUCCGUCUGUGGCUUUAUGGAGCAGGUGAUGCUAUCAGGUGUCCCAGAUGACUUAAAGGAAAAAGUGUUUUAAGGUUGGAGUUGAAUAAGAUGGCUGACAGAAUUUAUACUGUAUUUUUACUAGUAAUGUGCAGAGCAAUUUCAAUACAAACAACACACAAAAAAGUUCUUACAGUUAGUCCUGAGGAAGGGUCUCGGCCCAAAACAUCGACUCUUACUUAAAGAUGCUGCUUUUUUGUGUGUUGCUUGAAAUUCCAGCAUCUGCAGAUUUCUUCAUGUUGUGAAUUUCAAUACAAAGUUUGCCUAAAAUAUUUGAAACCUGAAAUUAUUGACCUUUUGUUUUCAUCUAGCCACAGUGGGAGUGAAGAAAUAGUUCAAUUUGCAAACGUACAUACAAAAUUUCAGUUGCAGUACAGGCCUCACUUUGAUCUGCCUGGGUCACUAGUUCAUCCAGUGGAGGUCUGGUAGCGCUUGGUAUGCAGAUUGUUAUGGCUUGGGGCAGUAUACACAUGUGUAUUUUUAAAUAGGUAAUAUGCAUCUGAAAAUUCUGGCAAUAAGAGCUUUGGUUUAAACUUGCAACUUGCAUAAACUUGUUUUAUUAUGUUAGUUUCUAAAGUUACUUGGUAAAAUGUUUCAACAGCUCAGGGCAAUUGCAUUACUGGACCUAAAAAGCUGGCUAAUAUUAUGCAAUUUGCAGGAAGCAUGCUGUACCAGUAGUUAUUGAUCUACAGUCUGAUAGUUGGUUACAAAUAAACUCUACUCAAGU